UUCCCCUGUACAGGAUACGAAAGCUGGAGGGAGCUUGCCAAGGUUCUGUCAGACGCCCGUGUCCCAGCUGGGGACACAGUCCUUCAGCAGGACCAUCCAUGGGAGCUGGGACACCAGUUCCAGGAGCUGCAGAUAGGUGAGAGGAAUAAAUCAAAUUACGCAGCUGUGGACAGCCCUGUCCCAUGGAUGCCAGAGUUCCAGGGCCAGGCCAACCUGCACGUGUUUGAGGACUGGUGUGGCAGCUCCAUCGAGCAGCUCAGGAGAAACCUCCACUUCCCCCUCUUCCCUCACACAAGAACUACGCUGAAGAAGUUGGCUGUGUCCCCAAAAUGGACCAACUAUGGUCUCCGGAUAUUUGGCUACCUGCAUCCUUUCACCGAUGGGGAGUUUCAGUUUGCCAUUGCUGCGGAUGACAAUGCUGAGUUCUGGCUGAGUCCAGAUGAAAAACCCUCUGGUCUCCAGCUGCUGGCCAGUGUAGGCAAGACAGGGAAGGAGUGGACUGCACCAGGAGAGUUUGGGAAAUUUCACAGCCAGAAGUCACACAUGGUGAGGUUGUCAGCAGCAGGCAGGUAUUACUUCGAGGUGCUGCACAAGCAGGAUGACAGAGGGACAGACCAUGUGGAAGUUGCAUGGAGACUGAAUGACCCAGAAGCAAAGUUCAAAGUCAUCGAGUCCCAAUAUCUCUCCCUUUUUGCUAACGAGACGCUGCUGAAGAUGGAUGAGGUUGGGCACAUCCCGCAGACGCUGGCCAGUGGCAGGAGCCAGGCUGCUGGCAGUGCUGGCAGCAGGGCACACCCAGCUGACAUGUUGAAGCCUGACCCCCGGGACACUCUUUAUGAAGUGCCUGUGCUCAGCCGGGCUCGCGUGCGCCGGGCGCUGCCGGACUGCCCGUACAAGCCCAGCUACCUGGUGAACGGAUUCCCGCUGCAGCGCUACCAGGGACUGCAGUUCGUUCAUUUAUCUUUUGUUUACCCAAAUGAUUACAGCCGCCUGAGCCACAUGGAGAAGGACAACAAAUGCUUCUACCAGGAAAACCCUUAUUAUUUGGAAAGAUUUGGAUUUUACAAGUACAUGAAAAUGGAUCGGACAGAGAAGAGUCUGGAUUCUGGAGAAAAGACAGAGCAGCCAGACUCCCAGGAGGGGAACCUGGAUGACCUGCAGUAUGAGGAGCAGGACGUGGAGAGCACCGGUGCCCCGGUGGGCGCAGAGCCAGCAGGUGACAAUACACACCACGACUAUUCCAUCCCGGAGCGCCGCCGGCUCCUCUCCGUGCUGGGCGGCGGUGCAGGAGAGGACAUACACAGGAGAAGGACUAAAAGGUUUGCUGUCAAAUCAGCCAUGCUGGCCUCUUCCAACCAAAGCCUCGGCCUGACUGGCCUAGAGGGAAACCCAGUAACGGAGAGACCCCGUUUGAAAGCCGGCGUCAAAGACAAUUCCAGGAGCCCUCCGCAGCACGCCAGGGCCACGCAGGGGAGAGUGCCUGCCAGAGGGGCAAACCCUCCCUCUAGGGCUGUGUCUCAAAGGCAGCAGUCCCCUGGCCAGCCCAGGGACUCAGAGGUCACAGUUCCCAAGGGGGUCAGACCCCGAGGAGGCCUGGGCAGCGUGGAGGACGGGCUGCAGCCCGUGCCAGCCGCGAGAGGAGGCCGGGUCUCUGGCAAAGCCGGGAGCCCCAGCCGGCAGCCAGGAGUGCCCCAGUGGCUGAGCCACGUGCAGCCCCACAUCACUGAGCAGCAGGUGGCCAACAAUGGGGAUGUGGCUGCAGGAGAGACACAUGUGGCAUCUCCUGUGGAGGGCAAGCCUGGAGGAGCAGCAGGAGAGGAAGAGGUGGAUGGGGAGCCAGAGGAGGAAGAUGAGGAGGAUUUUGAUUACGUACCAGUGUUUGACCAGGCAGUCAACUGGGAGCAGACAUUCAGCAUGAGCAACCUGGACUUCCACAUGCUGCGCACGGACUGGAUUGACCUGAAGUGCAACACCUCGGGAAACCUGCUGCUGAGAGAAAGAGAGGCCCUGGAAGUCACACGUGUCUUCCUGAGGAAGCUCAACCAGAGGAGUAAAGGGCGCUUCCAGCUGCAGCGCAUUGUCAACGUGGAGAAGCGGCAGGACCGCGUGCGGGGCAGCCGUUACCUGCUGGAGCUGGAGCUGCUGGAGCAGGGCGAGCGCCGCGUCCGCCUCUCCGAGUACGUCUUCGCGCGGGGCUGGCAGGGCAGCGGCCGCGACGACGACGAGAGGAGGAUGAGGAGCCUGGCCUGGGGCCGCCGGCGGCACCUGAUGGCUGCGGCCAACGAGCCGGAGCUGUGCUGGCCACAGGGCUUUUCCUGGAACCACCGGGCCGUGGUUCACUUCGUGGUGCCAGUGAAAAACCAGGCACGUUGGGUACUGCAGUUCAUCUCUGACAUGGAAGAGCUGUUCCGAGUCACCAAGGAUCCCUACUUCAGCAUCAUCAUCACAGACUACAGCAGUGAUGACAUGGAUGUUGAGAAGGCUCUGAAAAGGUCUACCUUGCACAGCUAUCAGUACCUGAAGCUGACAGGGAAUUUUGAGCGUUCUGCUGGGCUGCAGGCGGGGAUAGACCUCAUAACGGACCCACACAGCAUUGUCUUCCUGUGUGACCUCCACAUCCACUUCCCAGCUGGAAUCAUUGAUUCCAUCAGGAAGCACUGCGUGGAAGGCAAGAUGGCCUUUGCACCCAUGGUCAUGAGGCUGCACUGUGGGAUGUCCCCGCAGUGGCCUGAUGGCUACUGGGAGGUGAAUGGGUUUGGUCUCCUGGGCAUAUACAAGUCUGACCUGGACAAAAUUGGAGGCAUGAACACAAAAGAGUUUCGGGACCGCUGGGGAGGAGAGGACUGGGAACUCCUGGACAGGAUCCUGCAGGCUGGGCUGGAAGUGGAGCGCCUCUCCCUGAGAAACUUUUUCCACUGGUUUCACUCCAAGCGAGGCAUGUGGAACCGGCGCCAGCUGAAGACAGCGUAGCCUUCAACCCUGUCCAGCAUCUCAUCCAGAUGUGCACUUUACUGGGGCACACAGCCAAGUGUCCAAACCCCUCCUCUGCCUCCAGAGCCCUCUGACAGCGUGGCACAGCCGAGGAAGGGGUGAUCAGGCUGGCGGAGCGGGAGCCUCUCUCAUCAGCCGCUGCCUCCAAGCCGUGGGAUCCGUGUGGGGGAGAUGUCUCCUCCAAGGGAAGGACUUGUGUUUCCUGCCAUGCAGUCUGCUGGAAGGUACAGGGGGAGAGGUGCCGUGGUUCCUGUCCAGUCUUGCACCAAACAAACACAAAUCCCAGCUAAGCCCAGAACGGUUUAUUUAGAGCAAUGCAGCUUCUCUUUCAAAACUUACAUGCGAAAAAAGAAAAAAGAAAAGAAUCCACAACCGUCCCCAUUUCCUCUCCUCUGCCAUCUCUCCAGUACCCAUGGUUUUGGACAGGGGACCAAAGUUCUCUAAUCAGCAUUGCACCCACAUGCCCAUGUGCUGGUUCAGGAAAUCUGGGUGCAGAGGAGCUGAUAGGCACUUUAGGCUGCUGGUGCUUGGAUGUUUCUCUGUGCUUUUCACUUUGGUCAUUAUGAAAAACUCUGCUCGUGCUCAGCAAAUCAUGGGCCGUGGAUGGAGUUGCAGAUACAUUUCCCUUACAAGAGCCAUGUUUGCCUGUAGCUGGGUGAGCUGGCAAGGGUGAUGUUACAAUUCCACCUAAAUUAUUGACCCACUGCCUGAGGGUGGUGGGGGGACUGUACAGAGAAGCUAACAGAGCAUCUCAGGAGGAACUUUGCAGCCUUAUCCGACAGACGUGUGUUUGUCCUAACAAUAUCAGGGAAAUCCUAGCAGGGAAGAAGUGGCAAUAUUUUAUUAGUUGAAAUAUUGUGAUUUGUCAGAAGAGGAGAGACAGGAGUCUUCUGCUCUCAAAAUGCUGUACAUUUAUGCAGCAUCUAAAAGUUAAUUUAAUAAGUUAUGGCCUCACAGUUGUGUCUUGUCAUAGUCUGACUCUUUUGUAGAGAGCAGGCUUCUUGGUUGGAGAACCAGCACAGCUGUUGGUGCCUCAUCUCUGGAGCAGCCCUGGGAGCUCUGGCCUGCUACAGAGGAGGUGGCCUCAGGUCUUGGCACAUGCACUGGGUGUAACAAACAGUGAGGACAGAAGAGGGCUGAGUGAACAAAAGGAUGGGCAGACCCAUGCUGUGAUUGAUGCAAGAGCUGUGGGGAGAGCCCACAGCUGGCCUUCUGCCACAGGGAAGUCUCAUCCCCUAAAACUCCUGUUAGUGUAAAGCAAGAUUUUUUUUACCCAGUAACCAUUUUAGAAGACUAUAAACCCAGAACUGGCUCGCUCAGUGCUUUCCACUGGAGCUUCAGUGUCCCCAUGCCAUGCUGGAAAGGUCUCAGGCCUGAGGGGAGAGUGUGGCAGAGGAUGCUGCUCGUGGUGCCCAGUUCUGUGGGACUUGCUGGGAAGGAGUAGAGGAUGUAUGCAGAGCACAGGCAAAGCUGACAUGGUGCUAGAUUUUAUUGCUCUUUGCUGAUGGAGUAGAUGCCAGUUCAGAACAGGCAUUCAUUUCUUACGGGCCUGUGGUGCUUGGCGAGUCCAUCAAGUUCCGCUAUUGCGGCAAACUGAACGUACAAGUUCUGGCACGUGAGAUGGAAAUUGUGUCAAAUCAUCUCUGCUUGCAUCAGUCUGGGCUCUGAUGGAUUUAGAAGUCAGGCAGAUACCAGAAAGUUCUGCUGUGCACUGUGCAGCUGUGGUGGGAAGCAGGCAGGAGAGAUGGCCGUGUCUCUGAUCCAUGGAGCCUUUGCCAGAAUGCAAACACUGAAUGUCCCAGAAGAGGCAGCUUCCCAAGCCAGAGCAGUCUUCCUAAUGAGGGAAAAUACUUCACCCAUGCAAAUGCUAAGAGAUUAAAUCAUGAAAGUUGGGGUGAGAGGGAAGAGGCUGACAACAGUCAAUAGGUUUUUGGAAUUUUAUAUUUUUUUUUAAGUAUUACAGGAGUUUGGGAGAGCAGAGCCCUGUGAUGCAGUGUUGCAAUAAGCUGUGUUUGUGCCUGGAAUGUGCAGUGUCAGUCACGCUGCCGGUGCAAGCCAGAGCCUGUGGCUCCCUCAGCCCCACCAGUGUGCAGGUGAGCUCCUUUCCAGGCUCCAGGACUGGCCUGGCCGUGCCUGUGGAACAGGAGGGGCUGCAGGAGCAGCUGGAGCUCACCACGCUGGCACAGCCUGCUGCCUGCUCUGCAGAUGGAGCAUUGCUGGGUCCCCAUGGCAGGCACAGGGAGCAGUUCUUUGUACCGUGUCCUUUCACAUCUGGCCGUGGAUGUGACCUAAAGUCAGCAGCUGGAGUCCCUCUGCAGGCCCUGGCAAGAGCUGGGUGCAUCCAGGAGCUAACUGAUUGGCACAAACACCGUGAGCCUUCCCCACCACAGAGCACAGCCAGGACAGUGGGUGCACCCCUCAGCACAGCCCUGCCAGCAGAAUUUGGGGAUUUUGUCCCGUUUUUCAGCUGUGACUGCACUCCUUCCUUCACACCUUGUAACCCAGGCCAGUGAAAGCAGAACUACCUCGUGAGUUGGUGGAGAUGUAAGGAGUUCUCAGUCCAGUUUCCUAAUGGCCAGUUUCCCUGCUGUCAGAGCUGCCAUCUCAAAUGUUCUUCCCUUUCAGUGGAAUUCUCAGUUGGCAUCCAAGCAUUGCAGUAGUAAAUGUGAUUAAUGCUCAUUGCUACUAGCUGGCAGCCUCUGUGGAGGAGCUUGGAGAGCCCACAGGGACAAAAACUGUCCUCCAGCCCUGGUGCUCAGAGGUGUCCCUGCAGGUGUAGGGAGGGAGGGAAGGGGCUCCACAAUCCCCAGCUUACUGGCCAGCAGUAAAACCCCCUCACUCCCCAGCAGCAGACCUUGCAGGAGCAGUGCUGGGCUUUGCUCUGAGGCUGCAGAUUUUCUCCCCAGCCAGAGUCACAAAGAGAGCAGGAAGCACAGGAGGGACAGGUCCCCCAGCCGUGCCAGGGGCUGACUCCCCUCAACAGCUGGUCACAUUUCUGUCACCAGGAUUUUUUUAGGAAGCUGUGCUGGAGAUUCUGGCCCUCAUGUGCAUCCUGGCUGUGUCCUGGCUGGAGGAAGUCGGUGGCUUGGGAUUUUCCUUGCCCCAGGCCAGCAGCAAGCUGCUCCGGAGGCGCUGUGGUGGGGACAUGAUGGACAAUGUGCAGAGAGACCUUCUCCAGGGUGGGAUGUGGCCAGGCUGGGGAGUCCAGGCCACCAAGAGUGAGGUGCAGGGCAAGGGGGCUCUGCCUAGGAAUGUGACUGUGUCUUCAGCACUGAAGUGUGGUGCUCAGGCUUGCUUUGCAGGUCAGCAAAGGAAUGAAGAAGGGCUGGCUUUUAAUCUGAGCAAACUGUAUUGUGUGAAAAUUAUGAUUUGUUUCAUCAUUGUCUUGAUGUUUGCCUGGCAUGAACAUCUCUCCUCAUUGCCUACAAAUAUCUGAAGUUGAUUGUUUCUUAGAUACAGAUGCCUUGUGUUGAAAAUCUGAGUUGUACCUUUGAGUUACCUGCCUUAAAGUGGCUCUGUGCCUUCAAGACGACUCCUGGGCCACCUCUCUGUUGGAGCUGGGGGAUAUACAGAUUCUCCCUCGUGUUUUAUAAAUACACUGUCUUCCUACAAGA